AUGUUGCACCUAUUUGUAAUUGCCCUUCCCUUCCUCAUCUUCACAAUCUUCCUAAUCAAAAGGCUUACCGAUACACCAAAACACAAAAACCUGCCUCCUUCACCACCGAGUCUACCAAUACUUGGAAACCUCCACCAACUAGGCACUUACCCUCUUCGAUCCCUACAACGACUAGCUCAGCAGGUGAAUUUGAGUGAACUCAUGGUGCUUCGUUUUGGUAUGCAACCAGUGCUCGUAGAUCAACCAUUACCGAUAAACUUAUGUAUGAAGCUAAGAGUGGUGGCUAAGUAUAGUGGAGAUGAAGGUGCAAGGAAAUUUAAGAAGUUGCUUGGGAAGUUUAUGAUCUUGUCAGGUGGUUUUUAUGUAGGGGAUUUUAUUCCAUGGCUUGGUUGGGUUAGUCAAAUUAAUGCUUUAGAUGCAAGAGUGGAGAAAGUUGCUAAGGAGUUUGAUGAGUUUCUGGAUUCUGUGGUUGAUGAGCAUAUGUGUACCCCUAACAUGAAAGGAGAGAGCUGUGGUGAUAAUAUGAGUGUUGAAGGAUAUUUUUGGUGGGCAAUGACUGAACUCUUAAGGCAUCCGAGAGUCUUGAAAAAACUGCAAGAUGAGGUGAUGGGAAUUGCUAAUGGCAAAGCAGACAUAACUGAAGGCGAUUUAGAUAAAUUUCCAUACUUAAAAGCAGUGAUAAAAGAGACACUUCGGUUGUAUCCUCCAAUACCGUUACUGGUUCCUCACGAAUCAACUCAAGAGGCUAAAAUAAAGGGUUAUGACAUAGCAGCAAGAACCAUGGUGCUUGGACAAUUGGAAGAGACCCCUCAAUGUGGGAUGACCAGAGGAGUUUAA